UAAAAAGGGCAAAUGAAGCGCUACCAUACGCGGAAGUGACUUCGCACCUGGAAUCUGACUCGGAACAAGAAAAACACACUCGGCACGAAAGAAAGAGAAUCGCUUUCAGCGAUGACAGCGAGUCGGAAAGAGAGGUCUCUCCUGUUCGAGAUGUCAAUGGCCAGCAUGCACAGGGAGAUCACUUGUCAUCGCCAAGUACGCAGCGUUCACAGUCGUCACAACAGGCGCUGGAAGAUGCUGGCUUACCUAGUGGAGGACCACGCCGACUUCAUCAAGCACGGCCGCCCGCUAUGCAAAUGCAGCAGAGAGGAUCAGGAAGCCGCGCAGUGCGCCCUGACUGUGAUCAGCAGAGACGACGAGGGAUGGAUGAACGAAACGUACAAGCACAAGACACUACCGCACUGGAAGAACAAUUCAGCCUUUUCUCCGCACGAUUUUCUGGUAUGUACGUUGUUUUUCUAAAUUUCUUUGAAAUGUUUUCAAUUUGGGAGCUGUCAGAACUUGCCAUGAUUUGAUCACCCUGUGUCAGCAUCUACGUGGUCGUUGUUCAUGAAUACGAUUGUCCAGAUUGAUUCUAGAUAGGGGUGCAUAGUACUAUAUAUUGCUGUAUUGGCCAAUAUAUAUUUCGGGUUAUAUUAACAACCAUAUU